UUGAGUACAUGAUCCUGGCCACCAUCAUUGCCAACUGCAUCGUCUUGGCCCUGGAGCAGCAUCUUCCUGAGGAUGACAAGACCCCGAUGUCCCGCAGACUGGAGAAGACGGAACCCUAUUUCAUUGGGAUCUUUUGCUUUGAAGCUGGGAUCAAGAUCGUGGCCCUGGGGUUCAUCUUCCACAAGGGCUCAUACCUCCGCAACGGCUGGAACGUCAUGGACUUCAUCGUGGUUCUCAGCGGCAUCCUGGCCACUGCGGGGACCCACUUCAACACACAUGUGGACCUGAGGACCCUCCGGGCCGUGCGUGUCCUGAGGCCCCUGAAGCUUGUGUCAGGGAUACCCAGCCUGCAGAUCGUGUUGAAGUCCAUCAUGAAGGCCAUGGUGCCCCUUCUGCAGAUCGGCCUCCUGCUCUUCUUCGCCAUCCUGAUGUUCGCUAUCAUCGGCUUGGAGUUCUACAGCGGGAAGCUGCACCGCGCAUGCUUCAUGAACAAUUCAGGUAUUCUAGAAGGAUUUGACCCCCCUCACCCGUGUGGUGUGCAGGGCUGCCCAGCUGGUUAUGAAUGCAGGGACUGGAUCGGCCCCAACGACGGGAUCACCCAGUUUGAUAACAUCCUCUUUGCUGUGCUGACUGUCUUCCAGUGCAUCACCAUGGAAGGGUGGACCACCGUGCUGUACAAUGGGCAGGGCACGGAGCCAGGAGUCCACAGCAGAGGCGGUGGCCAUAGUGAGGUGGAUGACUACACCUCGAUUCAGGAGAAGUUGGAUGGGAAAGGCUCCCGUUUUUAG